ACAGAGGAGUGAGUCAUCUCGCUUCUCUCACAUAUCUUUGAUGCGCGCAUUCUUCUCGUACAGAUUGUUCUCCGAUCUUUUCUCCCUGGUGCCGCAGUACGAGUUGUGUACUUCUCGUUUUCUGCUCAGGUUGCACCAAAAGCCAAAUGUUAACAGAUGCUGUUGGUUUGAGAGAAGAAGCCUAUGAGUCGUUGCCGGGCAGUUAAUUCACACUUGACACACAGCUCCCAUUACACUGUGACCAAAGGCAUGUCACAUGUAACCUGCCCGCUGCUGUGCGGCUAGCCGUCAGCUAGCUAAAAUAAACUAACGACCGUUAGCUCAACUGCAGCUAACAAGGACGCACAGAAUGUUAAAAGUUAAGCUGGAAGUGAAACAAAAUGUCCAGUAAAGACAAAUAACAACACAACCUAUGCUAGGCCGCCGUAUUUAGUAAACUUUUCGACUCCCACGCGGAUUGAUCCACUAUUUCCACCGUGUUUGGCAGAAGUUACCGUUAGUGGCAGUUAGCGCAGCAGCCAAGAGUCAACAAUGUUGUUACUGUUCACUUCACGCCUGCUCGGAACACGGAAAACUUUCCUCCGUCAUCCGUUUAAGAGGAUUUGCGUAAACAUGUCGUCCUCCUCUCCCUCGGGUAAGAGACUGCGGGUUCUGGUUGACAUGGACGGGGUCCUGGCGGACUUCGAGGGGGGGUUCCUGAAGAAGUACCGGGCCCGGUACCCGGAAGAUCCCUACAUCACCCUGGAGGACAGAAGAGGGUUCUGGGUGUCCACGCAGUACGGACAGCUGAGGAGCGACCUGUGUGAAAAAGCCAUCAGUAUCUGGGAGUCCAAGGACUUCUUCAUAGAACUGGAGCCGCUGCCAGGAGGAGUGGAGGCGCUCAAGGAGAUGGCCAAGAUGGAUAACACAGAUGUCUUUAUUUGCACCAGCCCUAUAAAACAUUACACACACUGCCCGUACGAGAAGUACGCCUGGGUAGAGAAGAAUUUGGGCCAUGACUUUCUGGAGCAGGUCAUCCUGACCAGAGACAAGACGGUAAUCACCGGCGACAUCCUCAUCGACGACAAGCCUGACAUUCUAGGCGUCGAGCCCAAACCAACGUGGGAGCACAUCCUGUUCACCGCCUGCCACAACAAGCAUCUGUCCGUCAGCCCCUCCCAGACACGACUCCUGUCUUGGUCGGACGACUGGAGGGCCAUCCUGGACAGCAAGAGGCAGUGACCCCCUCCGUCUUCCUGGAAGACUUGGGGGUCACUGCGACAACAUCCUGGAGGCUCGGAGGAAACGCUGUCUCGCAGGGUAAAAUACUAAAGAUCAUCCAAAUGAACAGUAACACACACAUGUUGGAGGAUUCACACCAAGCAGACACUCUGUUGUUGGGAGAGGACAUGCACGUGUUUGACCACAAGGGGGCACUCUGACACUGUGUGUGUGACGUGAACCACACCACAUUUACACCAAUUCCACUGAAGAAGCUGUGACAACAAAACAUUUAGUUGGUGUUGGAGACAAAGUAGAGCCGUUUGAACUCACUGUGGUCGCAGACUUUGAGCUUUUUGGGGUUUUAUUGUCGACAAUUCUCUUUAAAAUCAAAGUUUUUAUUUUUGAGCCACAAGGCUGAUGAGGAGCUGACGGUACUGUGUUGCUUUAAUGAGUCAGUGACACACGACACUCUGCUACACACUCACAUAGUCUCCAGGCACAUGGAGAGUGUGUGCAAUACAUAAACAUACUGUGAGGAAGUGACCUGGACUCACACACACACACACACACUAACUGUACUCGAUGUGAGUGAGUGCUUCAUCGUCUGUACACAGAUGUCUCUUGUUUUGUAAAGAACAGAAAUGGUGCUUUCUUUCUUUUUUAAACGUGUUUCCUCUGUUUCACUUCCAUCUCUGCAUCUUAAAUGAUACACUGGUGAGAAAUAAAUAGUAUCACACACACACACACACACGUGCUGAACAUGUUUAUAUGAAUAAAUAAUAAAGGAAGAAAAGAUUUUAAAAUGAAUAUAAGAACCAAAACUCAACAAAGAUGUUUAAACAACAUAUUUUAUUAUUAUUAAACUCGCAAUUUGCAUAUUGUAAGAACGUAAUAGUACCUCAAUGAAGAGCCACCUGUUGUACGCAGCGGUCCAGAUCUUUCAAUCAGAUCUGUCAUUAAUUUUAUUUUUACGAGGCACUUUCACAACACAAUAAACUCUUUGUAAUUAUUUUACUCAUUUGUGGUUUAAAAAUAAAUUUUGAGUGAAAAGCAAACAUC